AUGUCUCAAACUGGAGAAGAACCUGUGGCCAAGCCUGAAGCCGGUCCCUCGAAUGAACCUACACGACCUGUGACGCGUGGAUCGCGACCACAGCUAGUCUUCUACGACAAGAAAGAUGAAAAGAAGGUCCACAAGAUCCACAACGCGAGAGACCUCGCGACCUGGGUAAAGGACGACCCCAAUUUCACAUACGACGCUAUCCUCGAUAAGUUUGAAUUCUGGAACAGAGAUCACAAGAAAUACCAGGAAGAGAUGGCCGCUAACCAAGAGGAGCUGGCCAGAGCCCAAGACGAAGCUAGUCUAAGACCUGGAACGAGCCCGCAAAGACCUCGAGGAGCAAGACGAGGAAGCUGGAGAUCGUAUCCGAGCUGCCGAUGA